CCUUUAGUCUCUUCUAUCAUAAUUUCGUCAAACAGUAUACAAAGCAAUUUCCCUACUCGUAAACCUCGCAAACAGCAAAACACACAAGACCUACCCUUAUCUUACCUAAUCGUCAUCUCUCUCUAACCUGUGACUCGACCCUCGACCCUUUCCCCGAUUGCUUGAUUGCUUGGUUUCUAGAAAGCACCAAGCCCAUUCAACCCAUCCACGUCACACCCGUCUGGCUCCUUUUUCCAUCCCUACGAUUUAGUUACUUUUUCUUUACCCAGUCUCCACGGCUUGUCCAGUAGACCCUCCGCCUUGCAUCAUCGUUAUCGCCUUAUAACCAGCAAUUCAUCUUCGACUUUCAUCCGCCUUUUAGUAGCAAGACCCAACCUUGAAACGACGUUCUGAACACCAGCCAAGACCUUCCUCAAGGAUAUAUAAGUUGAUCCAAUACAGUAUCUUAGAACCUAUAAAACCCGGUAUUAUCCUGAACCAUGGCUUUUGACCAGACUCGAGACUUCCGAAGCUCAGCCCAGGACUCGAAACGAUUCAAGGAGCACACCGAGAAAUGGUCGCGAGGGGUUCGGCCCCUGAAUGGCCACGAACACAACUUCUGGGAUGAUAUGCUGAACGAAGGCCAACGCGACAAAAUUCGGCCCGGACGGCACUUCCACCACAUUCGCUUAACGACCCAGAACAUCGUUAAGCCUCGUGGAAGUGGCCAAGUGCGGCAUGACAUUCCAUCGAGCCAUUCGCGUGCCAAGAUCGACGCGCGAGCGGAGUUGCAAGACAUGUCCAAUGUCUCGCGAUCUCUUCACGAACUCCUUCCCUCACCUCAGGUCCGACGAAGUUUCAACAUCUCGGAUAAUAUCCUAUACAGCUUCGAUCGAUCGGAUAGCCCGGGGAGACCCCUAACGCUCGACGCCUUCGUAAAGACCAAUCCAAAGGAGACGGAGAAGUUCGUCGAGAAGGAGUACGAGAUCCUAGACAACAAUGGUGAUGCUCUCAAGGGCCGAAAGGCCCGGCAGAAUCUCCGUCGCAAGAAUAACGCGCUACCAGUAGGAGAACCUGACAUCAUCGAGGAUGACGGCUUUGAGCUGGUAUAACGAGUAUCCCAACUUCGCUAGAGCUAUCGCAACCGGUGCCAUUACUUCUCGACUAUAUCUGUUCCUUUGCUAGGCUUGUUAGUUUGCUCAUCGCGGUAUUCUCAGUGUUUUCUUCUCUUCGCCGGAGUUGGGACGGCCGGGGCGACAUGGCAUAUUGCC